CCGCAGCCCGCUCUUGCCGACGUUGUCAUGCGCGAUGCGAACGCCUCGCACGCUCCUCCUGCUCCUCGCGUCCGCCGCUCUGGUCGCUGCUGAAGAUUCUCCGGAGUGUAAGGACGGAUUAGACAAGCUCAAGAACAAGUCUGGUCAGUCGCCAUGUACGGUGUACAAGCAAGUGAUGAAAGCCUGCGAUGCCAAUUCCUCAAGUGUAGGUCAAUGUAAAUGCAAUACCAUAACAUACAACGUCUGGGCAGCAUGUGCCGCAUGCGCAGGGGACGCGCCGCCAGACUGGGCCAACUACGCUGACAACCAGAGCUGCGGGAGUGACCCCGAACAACCUUCCUCCAGUAUGGAUGUCGCGCACGGCACGAUUCCCCGGUGGGCAUACUUGCCACUCACGCCAGGCAACGAAUUCAACAUGACCGCGGCAAUCUUGACUGCGAACGACGCAACUGACAAUUUGACUGCCUCCAGUUCAGGCUCAAGUCGACCAAACGUCGCGGUGCAGGUCGGAGUGCCCAUCGCCGCGGGCGUCGGCGUCGCCAUCAUCGUGACUACGGUGUUCUGGUUCUACUGGCGUCGGAAAACGGCGAGACACAACCCGCGCAUGAAGACGCUCCCGCUCAUUCCCGGGGCGCAGAGCACCUUCUGGCGGCCCUGGCGGUGGUUCUACACGUUCUGGCCCUGGGCUCGUUCGGCGCGGCUACGGCCGUCGAAGAAGAACUCGAAUUGGGCAAUCGACGUCGACGAGGACGAGGAGUGGCUCGGGCACAAUCGCGCGCAUAGCAGCGCGUCAUACGUCGACCCGUACAAGAUGCAACCACUGUCACCCGAGCCGCUCGAGAUGGACGUGCCGCACACGUCUGCGCACAUCCAGGAGACGUCGAGCUCGUCGCUGCUGCCGCACCUCGACUUCCCGGACGUGCGCGUACCGACGUUCAUUGAGCGUUUCAUCAAGUCGAAGGACGGCGUGCGGAAGAGCCCAGCGUACAAGUCCAAGUACGUGUCACCUAUCUCGCCGGAUCCACAGUUCCGCAUCGACGGCCCCACCCCCACCGCAAAUACCUUCCCGGCCUCGAAACCCCAGCGGUCGUCAUACACGAGGAGUAAUCAUUCCGGUGCGAGCGCGAGUGCGGCUGCUCAGCCCUCCAGGACGCAGCCGGUCGUCGCCGAGCGCAGCGACUUCCAGCCAGAGUCGGAAGGCGUGGGCAGCAGCGUACUCAUCAUCUCCCGGGACGGCAACGACUUCUCGUUCGACGACAGCGCGACGACCGCCCCGUCGCACUCACAUGCCAGCAGCCCACGAACGCCGACUACGUUCCGACAGGCGUCCACGGCAUACUCGGGCUCUCGCACGAACACGGGCACGGACACAGGCACCGGAUCAUGGCUGCCCAGCCCGAACCGCGCAAACACGUCGUCGACGCUCUCGGGGGCGUACCCGACGGAGCUGCGCCGCGACCCCGAGCUGACGCAGCCCCGGACGUGGGCGGCGCGCUUCCCCGCGCCCCCGCAGCCGUUCUCGACGUCCCCCACCGCGUUCCACUCGUUCGCGGAGCAGAUGGAGCAGCUGCCGGAGCGUGCGCGCGAGCCAUAGUGCUGGUGCUUCCGCGUCUUGUCUCGCUCUUCUCGCUAGCUCCGAGGGCACAUCACUGUACGGCUGGCUGACGUUUGGCAGAUCGUCGCGCCCUUACCUAUGAUGCCCGGCUGUCCACGACGUCUAUCCCCGUCGUCGUGGGCGUCAUCGCCGUCGCCACACGCGCGCACGGACGUGUCCAUACCCGUAGAUACCUCGCACUGUAUAUGUACACCAUCCCUAGUGGCCGUCCUAUGCCCAUCCGCCCCCAUUCCGCUCCCUUGUCUCAGGGGUGCCCAGCGCACCAGCAGCUUACUGUAGAAGAAACGGAAACACCACAUACGACUAGGGACUUGCUCACGUCUACAGUACCUACCGCCACCCCGCCCCGCCCGCUCGUUACUUACUUACCG